AUGGGACUCAGCUUCGGUAUCGAUGACUACAUCGAAGGUGGUGUUAUUACCGCAGUUAUUCUUCUUAAUGUCAUCGUUGGGCAAGUCGCAAGCUUUCCUCCAUUUUUCCAAGACUACAAAGCAGAGCAGACAAUCCAGUCACUCAAGAGUCUCACUGCGCCCGAAUCUAAUGUUCUUCGCAAUGGUACGUUUGAAAAGAUCAAGGCAGAGAAACUUGUUCCCGGCGACAUAGUCUCCCUCGACGUUGGUAGCAUCGUUCCUGCUGAUCUGCGGCUGAUCAACGGAAUGAAUGCGUAUACGGAUGAGGCAUUCCUUACCGGAGAGUCAUUGCCAGUCGAAAAGACGCCAUUCAAGGUGUUUCUCGACGAGGAUCUACCUACUGGUGACCGAACGAAUUUGGCCUUCGCUGGAAGUGAAAUGAAAGGUGGACGAUGCACUGGCAUUGUGACUGCCACGGCAAUGCAAACUGAAGUUGGCAAAAUUGCCCACAUGCUUCAGCAAGUCGGCGAUGACUUUAAAGAGAGAGGGCGGCUUUUCGAAAUUUGGAAGAAAUUCAUCAAGAUGGUGAAGACGAUCCUCGGUCUGGAAGGCACUCCCCUUCAGGUCUCCUUGAGUAAAUUUGCUCUUCUACUAUUCGGGCUGGCUAUCACUCUAGCCAUUGUCGUCUUUUCUGCCAAUAAAUGGCAGGUUGGUGGAGAGGUCCUAAUCUAUGGUAUCUGUGUCGCCGUCGCCGUAAUUCCAGAAUCCCUUAUCGCAGUUCUCACAAUCACAAUGGCUGUUGGAGCCAAAUCAAUGGCAGACAAAAAGGUCAUUGUGAGGAAGACUCAGUCAAUUGAGGCGAUCGGAGGUGUCACAAACAUCUGUUCUGACAAGACAGGAACGUUAACGCAGGGCCGAAUGAUCACUCGCAAGGCACUCAUCCCUGGUGUUGGAACAAUUUCGGUACAUGACACUACAGAUCCUUUCGACCCUGAGAGCGGAUACGUUAGGCUAGAUGAUGAGCGUAUCGACAUGAAGGAUUACAGACCAAACGCUCUACUAACAACAUUUCUUCACACCAUUUCACUCUGUAACCUGUCCACCAUUAUGGCUCCUAGCGAUCCUCCCUCGAAGUUCAAUGAUGAACCUAAAGACAGCGAAGCAAUGAGCGAUGCCAGAGAUGAUGACGAACACGACACUGAUGUUUCAACUCGACAAUCAAGUGUAUCAAGUCGUCCUACUUCACCGAGCGAGAACGGGUCUGAGACGAAAAAUAAAUGGGUUGCUAAAGGGGAGCCUACAGAGAUUGCUUUACACGUCUUCGCUAUGCGAUUUGAAAUGAGCAAUCCCGGCCUGCUGGAGUCGCUCCCUUUAUCUCACGUCGCGGAAUAUUCUUUUGAUUCGACAGUGAAGAAGAUGACGGUUAUCUACAAAGAUAAUCAGGCCGGCCGCCUCAACGUAUACACCAAGGGUGCUCCCGAGUCUAUCAUUCCGAUUCUCAAGAUCCCCGAAAGCGAGCGGAUUGCUAUUCUCCACCAGGCGGAAAAGAUGGCUGACGAUGGCCUCCGUGUCAUGUGUGUCGCCCACAGGAGGCUAUCUUUAGGCACAGACGUCGGAGAGCGUUCGGAAGUUGAGAAAGACCUCGAUUAUCUUGGGCUCGUCGCUAUCUAUGAUCCACCUCGUAUAGAGACUGCGGGAGCAGUUCGGGAAUGCCAAAUGGCAGGAAUCACUGUUCACAUGCUCACUGGAGAUCACCAUGGGACAGCUAUGGCCAUCGCGCGUGAAGUUGGCAUCCUGAACACCACAGCCCCAAACGCAGAUGCAGGUUCAGCCGUCAUUCUUGCCAAGGAUUUCGAUCAAAUGAGCGACGAAGCCAUUGAUAAGUUGGCAACCCUCCCCUUAGUGUUGGCGCGAUGCAGUCCAGCCUCUAAAGUGAAGAUGGUGGAUGCGAUGGCGCGAAGGCAGAGAUUUUGCGUCAUGACUGGAGAUGGUGUGAAUGAUUCACCUGCGCUGAAGAAAGCAAACGUUGGUAUGGCUAUGGGAACGGGAAGUGAUGUCGCAAAAGAUGCUGCCGAGAUGAUUAUUACGAACGACAAUUUUGCCUCGAUUGUGAAGGCGAUCGAGGAGGGCCGGAGAUUAUUUGACAACAUCCAGAAGUUUCUCAUGCACCUCCUAAUCUCUAAUAUCGCCCAAGUCAUCCUUCUCCUCAUCGGCCUCGCUUUCAAAGAUAACGACAACCAUUCUGUCUUCCCACUUUCCCCUAUUGAGAUACUCUGGGUCAACCUCAUAACCUCCUCUUUCCUCGCCAUCGGCCUCGGUCUUGAAGAAUCCCAAUCAGAUAUCAUGUUCCGUCCACCUCAUGACCUCAAAGUUGGCGUCUUCACGAAGGAACUCAUUACGGACAAAUUUAUCUACGGAUUCUUCAUGGGUUCCCUCUGUCUGGCAUCUUUCUCCCUUGUCGCGUAUAUCGGACCCGGAGGUGGCAAUCUCGGAAGCGGAUGUAACGAAGGCUGGAACGAGACGUGUGGAAUUGUAUUCCGCGCUCGCGCAACCACGUACGCCACCAUCACCCUCCUUCUCCUUGUCACGGCCUGGGAAGUCAAACAUUUCUCCCGCUCUCUGUUCAACCUCUACCCUAACACUAAAUCCUCCUUCCUACCCGGUCUCUCCGUCUUCCCAACCGUUUGGCGAAACCGCUUCCUCUUCUGGGCAGUUGUUGCGGGGUUUACAAUAAUGUUCCCGAUUAUCUACAUCCCGAUUAUUAAUCGAGAGGUCUUCAAACAUGAGACCAUUGGCUGGGAAUGGGGGAUUAGCUUCUCCUGUGUCACUGUCUAUAUAGGCGCGAUCGAAAGUUGGAAGGCAGUGAAAAGGAAAUUGGGACUUUGGAGCGGAGGGCACAAGUUGUUAGAGAAAGAAGAUGCAGAGAUGAGGGCGGGUCUGGAGAUGAAGACCCUGAGUGGUGAGGCCAAGUAA